GAUGUAGUUUGUCGCGCCCUCCCGCCCGGAGCCAUGGCCGCCCCGUGAGAGUUUGGAGCAUGUGAGGAGCUGCCAGAGGAAUCACUAAUAUUUUCAUUUCUACUUCUUCAGAUGCUCCUGCCCCAGUCUGUGCCUUUAGAAGUGUGACGCUCAUCGGUGCUGGGCACAGCCUGCUGCAGGACGGGCAAUAUCAUCACGCAGCCAAGAUGGUGGCAUUUAACUGGAAGGCUUUGGAGAAUUUCCCAUUGCUGAUGUACAUUUUGGCAGCUAAAACGUUGAUUCUUUGCUUAGCGUUUGCUGGAGUAAAAAUGUACCAGAGCAAAAAAAUUGAAGAAAAACUGAAGAGGGAACGUGAAGAGAAAUUGAAAACAGAAGCAGAGAAGAAGGAUGAUUGAAGAGUCUCUCAGAAUAAGUCAGAGUAAGUUAUAUGGAGUUUUAUUGCUAAACAAAUGAGAGAUGGACUGCCCUGCAUGUGAGCAAGCCUGCUACUUGUAAUGAGGAGACCAUACCGUGCUGUGUGUGCAGCGUUGGGUCCCAGGGAAUUCUGUUUGGCAGAGUCCAUAGCCCAAGGGACUGCUGCCCCACGGUGACGAGCUCAUCCCACAAGGCCUCUGUGUCCAGCAUGUGAUGUUGACCUUGUUGAAUGACUGGCAUUAAAGCAUCUCUGAUUUUGCAGAAAAUACCCUACUCGCCCCGUCACCCAGUGUUGCCCACCAGAGGCCCAGUCCUUCCUAAAUUCUGCCACCAUCUCUUAGGCUGUCAGCCAUGUCUUUCUAGAAUCGGAUUGCAAGAAAGGGUGAAUUCUCCUACCCUAAAAAUGUUCUCCAGUGUCAGCACCACAGAGCUGAGAUUAGCUCCGAUUGCAGCGCGCCACGUGGGCAGGCAGAUUUAGCCCAUGUGCUGCCAGCAUAUCAUGCCUGCUGUUCUCACUGCUGUUUCCCCACCCUGCAGACUUUCUGACACUUGGCAGCUUGCAUUGGAUUCCUUUCCUGGAAGAACAAAGCCUUUCUGUAGAUGAAGGAUGUGUCAAAGGAAUAAAACCCUCAAGAGUAACAUUCACUUAAACUGUAUCUCAACUUUUUAUACGUACAGCAAAAUAUCUAAGCUUCUAUUUAUGCAAUAAAAAAUCCUUUGUA